AUGUUUGGGAUCCUCAAUGUUAGUGUUGGAAUAAAUCGUGUGAUUACUGAUUGCGACUUUCACAGGGCCAAGGUCUUCGAUGCGCAGUGGAAGAUGACGAUGGACAGGAUCAUGGGCACCGAUGCGGAGAAGUGAGGUGAGUCGCUCGAUGUGAGUAUCUUCAGCACCCUGGGAGUGCCUAUACUAUCGAGUUGA